UGAUACGUUUGGUACAUUUAAAACACAUUGCUGGCAGUGAAUAACAAAAAAGAGAAGAAAGUAUAUUAUUGAUAAGAAUAAUACUGGGUGUGAUAAUGAGCCAUACAAUGCGAUUAAAAUUUACGUGAAUGGAAUGUAUUACUGUCAUGUAGUACGUACAAUGACGUAUAGACGUCAAGAGAAUAUAAAGUACUUAUUUUUUUUUCGCUGUUAUCAUGGGUUCCAGAUUGAGGGACAAUGUACAACAUCUUUUUGAGUGUUUUUGUGAGGUUGCUGCACCAUUGAGAGAAAAACCACCUUGGAUACUACAAAAAUACCCAACUUCUUUCUUAGAUGAGGAAAUACUUAAAUCUAUCCCUAAAUUUGCAUAUCCAUGUGAAAUUGAAAAUUUGAUGGUGCAGCAUUUUUCAUUUGUACUAACUAGUAUAGAUUCAAAAUGGACAUUUGGGUUUUGCAGACAUGAUCCUAAAACAGACACAGCCCUAGUAAUUUUAAGCGCACUACCAUGGCAUGAAAUAUUUUACAAGCUUUUAAAUAAUAUUGCAACUUUAAUGAGCAAUGGCAGUGGAGAAGAUCUUUGGAAAUUUCUUGAAACUGUAUAUAAAAGUCCAGUUCCUAUCCCUGGUAGUUCUAUCUCUAUUCCUGUACCAAAUUCUAAAGUGAAUUUCGUUUGUCAAAGUCCAAAACAAUUUCAAUUACCAAGUAUACCUGAAAAUAGAAAUUUAACAGAAUAUUAUAGUGCUGUUGAUUCCCAUAAUAUGAUGGUCAUAUUUGCUUCUAUGUUAUAUGAGCGGCGAAUUAUUUUCAUAUCAAAACGUCUUUCAAGAUUAAGUGCUUGUGUUCAAGCAUGUAAUGCUUUAAUUUAUCCCAUGAUUUGGCAACAUAUAUAUAUCCCAGUCCUACCAUUAUCUUUAAUUGAUUAUUUAUUGGCACCAAUGCCAUUUUUAAUUGGUGUACCUACUCCAACGCUUCAGAGAGUGCGCAAGAGUGAUCUUGGUCAAGUAGUUAUACUGGAUGCUGAUAUAAACAGCAUAGAGUCUCCAUUUCAGGAUUUGGAGUCUUUACCUCAAGACGUAGUGACAAACUUGAAAAAAGCAUUACGUAAUAGACCUACCUUACUUGGAGACGGUGUAUCGAGAGCAUUUUUACGAGCAUUGGUACAAUUAACAGCUGGUUAUAGAGACGCAUUAACGUUAGAACAAGGGCAGAGUAUUACCUUUAAUCAGAAUGCAUUUGUGGAGAGCAGACCAUCGUCGAUGCAACCUUUUUUACGAAAAAUGUUGGAAUUACAAAUAUUUCAACAAUUUAUAGAAGAAAGACUGAAUAUGCUUAAUUCAGGACUUGGCUUCUCUGAUGAAUUUGAAAUGGAAGCCUGUAGUUAUUCUGCUAAAUCUGGUAGCAAAUUUAUGCAGCAAUAUCGGGAAUGGACUUAUGCUAUGCGAAAAGAAAGUUCUGCAUUUUUCCGCAGCGUAAAAGACAAGGCCAAUCCAGCUGUAAAAUACGCAGUUAAAUCAGUAAAAGAUAAGGGGAAGGAUAUGAAAACGGCUUAUAAAGGUUUAAAGUGGAAAGGACGAUCAAAUAGAAACGAUACGAGUCUGAGAUUUCAUCAACCAAGAUCCGCGCCUAGCUCACCCACAUCAGAUAGAAGGCCUAUUGAUUUUACAUCCCCGCCAAAAUCGCCAAACGGUUUUACAGCUACUACUAGUUACAGAAAAGAUCUUCGAAUACGCAAUAGUAAUUUCACCGAUCCGAGUAGGAAACAAUAUUCGCCAUUAAGUCCUAGUUCUCCCGAAGAAUCCGAUUCUCCACCAGAAAGAGUGAAUAUUGAUCUGAUGCAAGAACUUCGUCACGUAAUAUUCCCGAAUACACCUCCCGUUGAUAGAACAUUGAAACCAGUGCGCAGUUUAGACAGCUUGAGACCUGCAUGGAAUGGGCAUAUACGGCACGGCCCUCCACCUAGUACAAUUGUCACAAAUUCAAAUGAUACUUCUUCCACAAAAAUUACAUCCUGUACUCCACAUUCCACCAUCUUGAUUAAUUCAGUCGAUCAGUCGAAUAUUUUGCUAAAUACCAAUGAUAUAUUAAAUUCUCAAACUACAAGUAAUAAAAUGUUUACAUUUAAUACUUUGGUUUCGGAACCAAAUAAAGCAGAAGAAGAAACUGACAAAGUAUCGCUUCUAUCCGUUUCACAAAGAUGUAUUGAUAAUACUGAAUCAAGUAACUUUUUACAUGAAGUUCAUACAUCUAAAUUUACAAAAUAUAAUACUUCAUUGCAUUCCCGAAAAGUAGAUAUAAAGCAAUAUAACAAUGAUUUCGAAAAUUCUACAAAAAACUCUACAUUUUAUAUUGACAGUAUUAUACAAAAUUAUAAUUCUGAUUUAUGUGUAAAAGAAAAUGAUCCCUUUGACACCAGUAAAGUAUUCAUUCCUUCUUACUUACAACCACCAAUUUUUCAAGCUACAAAUGCAUCGUUCUCUGUUAAUUGUUACAUACCAUCCCAUGCAUACAAUAGUACAUCUUGUUCUGCGUAUUUGAAGGAAUCUCCGGAAAUGCCAGAUUUAAUUAGAUUAGAUUCAACCGGGAGCAACAAUGAUUUUGACCCAUUGCUUUCCAAAUCAUCAGAAUUUGCAAGUUCCAAACAAAUGACUCAAUCAUUGCAUAUACCUGAGAUGGGUGAAGGCCUUAGCAACCCAUUAUACCCUUACUUUCAACCAUUGCACAAAAAUAACGAUAAGCAACAAAAAUCUUCCGACAAUGCCGGCGAUUUGGAUCUGUUGCAAGCAUACGGUUUGGAUUUUAAUAAAUUUAGUAUAAGCAACGGCGAUUCACCGUCGAAGAAUUCUACGGUAUGCAACACAUCCGAAAGCAGUAUUAAUAUUGAUAAUACGUUCAGCUUAGCUCUGAAUGCACCUGCCAUUAAGUCACAAAACAAUUGGACAAAAUUUGAAUAAGUAAUGAAUUCGAUUACUAUUCACAUAUCACCAUUGUAUAUAUAAUGUUAAUACUGUUCUUUUGUUUUGUUAUUCACAUAAACAUAUGAAU